AUGAAGCGCAAGGCAGACACCCAACCGGGCAGCCAGGACGGCAAAGGUAUCCUAAAAAAGCGAGCGAAGAUUGUCUUGUCCAGCGAAGAUGUCAAGAAGAGCUUCCGCAAAGGCCUUUUCGCCAAAGACGUUCUCAGGAAGUACGGAGAGGAUUACGCAAAGUCCGAACCGUAUAAACAUGGCGUCAUCACCUCCCUCAUCGAUGAUGACCUCCUCCGCUCGGUUCGCGACGAAAUUCGCGAGAAUGUCCAGUUCACCCCAAAGGAAACGGAUAUUUACAAGAUCCACCAAUCUGGAGACUUGGCCAACCUCGACGGGUUAGAAGAUAGUGCUUUGGAGAAGCUGCCAUCUGUACUGAGGCUGAGAGAUGCAAUGUACUCUUCCCAGUUCCGGAAAUAUGUUUCCAAGAUUACAGGCUCGGGAGAGCUGAGCGGACGGAAGACGGACAUGGCGAUCAACGUGUAUACACCUGGAUGCUAUCUACUGUGUCACGAUGACGUGAUUGGAAGCCGAAGAAUCAGCUAUAUCCUGUACUUGACAGAUCCGGAUAUACCCUGGGAAGAGAAAUGGGGUGGUGCGUUGAGAUUAUUCCCUACGACUACCCAUGAGGAUGAUGGGGUUACGACUAUUACGCCAGAUCCUGAUACUAGCAAGAUUAUCCCUCCUGCUUGGAAUCAAUUGAGCUUCUUCGCAGUACAGCCCGGUCUUAGCUUCCAUGAUGUUGAAGAGGUUUAUCAUGCGAAGAACGAGAAACAGUUGGCGAAGGAUGGUAACAGAAUCAGGAUGGCUAUUAGUGGAUGGUUCCAUAUUCCUCAGAUUGGAGAGGAGGGAUAUGUGGAGGGCGAAGAGGAGAAAUGGGGAAAGAACAGCAGCUUGAAGCAGUUGCAAGGUAACCCGGAUCGAUACGAUAUGCCCAAACCACAACCGAUUACAGUUGACCUUCCGACCGAAUCGAAUGUAGAGGGAUUCGAUGAGGCGGAUCUCGAUUUCUUGUUGAAGUAUAUGGCUCCUACCUACCUGACUCCGGAUACAUUGGAGGCUAUUGCAGAGCAAUUCGCGGAGGAGUCUACAGUUACCCUCGAUGGUCUUCUCUCCAAAAAGUUCUCAAGUAGAGUACGGGAGUACGUUGAAGCUCAAGAAGCAUCUCCACUCCCUUCCAGCAGUACCGAGAUUGACAAAGGUCCCUGGAAAGUCGCUAGGCCGCCACAUAAGCAUCGUUACUUGUAUCUUCAACCGUUCAGUAGCUCGACUGUCGACAAGGCUUCCCUGGAAGACCCGAUCAAGGAGUUGACUGAAGUCUUUCUUUCGAGUCGACAAUUUAGGCAAUGGUUGAAGCUGGCUACGAAGGGCGAGAUUGAGAAUUACGAUAUCCUGGCUCGAAGAUUCCGGAGAGGUCUCGAUUAUGCUCUCGCUACUAGCCAUGAAGGGGAGCCGCGAUUAGAGCUUAGUCUUGGCCUAACCCCGACGCCUGGCUGGGGUGCUGAGGAGGAUGAGGGAGAGGGGGCCGAUGAGCAUGAGGAAAAGGACCCUGCGCCUAAGAAGAAAAGCAAGUCCAAGAAGAACGGGGACUCGCAAACGAAUGGCAAGGACAAGAAGAAGGAGCCUGAGCCUGAACCUGAACCUGAGGAACCCAAAGAAGAAGAUGAUGUCGGAGGCUACGAGACCUACAUGGCUGGCGACGAAGAUGACGCAGCAGAUGCGGCCGUGUACAAAGCUGCUACGGGCGAAGAAGACGAUAACGUUCUCUUCACAAUGCCAGCUACGUGGAACAAGAUGAGUAUCGUUCUGCGGGAUAGUGGGGUACUGAAGUUCGUCAAAUAUGUCAGUAAAAACGCUAAGGGUGAUCGGUGGGACAUCAGUGGUUCCUUUGGGGUGAAAUUCUCGGACGAGGAGGGUGAGGAGGAGAUGGUCCCUUUGCCGGAGAGCGACGAGGAAGAGGUUUUUAAUGGGUUCCCUGAUUCAGAUGAUAGUGACUCUGAUUGA